AUUGAUAAUGAUAUACUUUUGAAACCUUGAAAAUACCAUGUGGCAUACCGCUUUCCGCAGUCUAAAAAAUAUUAAAUAACAAUAUUUGACUAUCGAGUUACAACAUUUUGUACUUUUUGUAGCCACUGCGAUUUUUUAUUAUGACCGGUCCGCAGAAGAAGAAAAAGCACCAUGUUGGUGACACAUUCUACAAACGGAAGUACAAGACCAAGCACAGAGCCAGAGACAUCGACGAGGUUGAUAAUGAUUUAAAAAAAGAAAAUGCAGACCGUUUGUUAAAACAAGCWCUUGAUUUUGAUAAACCUGGGGAAGGACAACACUAUUGUAUACAUUGCGCACGUUACUUUUUAAGUGAUCAAGUCCUACAAGAUCAUUUUCGUACAAAAUUGCACAAGAAACGGAUUAAAGAACUUAGACUUGAACCAUACACUAUUGAAGAGGCCGAAAGAGCGGCUGGUUUUGGAAGUUACAUAGCUCCAAAAGAAAGAGUCAUUGUUACACAACCGAUUAAUAAAGAGGAAUAUAAAGAACCUGAAGAAGUUGCUGAUAUUUGUUCAUUAAAUAUAGAUUUACAAUGAUUAAAAAAUUGUUUUCUAUUAAUUCCC